AUGAGCAAUCCGGCGCGAAUCGGGCAGGAGGCCCCGGACCUCAAGACGCCGUCUUCGCCGUCGCGCAUCACGCCGACGAGGUCGCUCGACGACGACGCGGAGCAUCAAAUGACCAAGUCCGAGCCGCCGGCGCCGAAGUAUCCCUACGCCGUCGACGAGGCCGGCGUCGCGCGCGUCGGCUAUGUGGCCGUCGACCUGGGCCAGCACAACAAGGCGACGGAGCUCCAGCUCUGGCCGCUCUUCGGGACCAAACUAACCUUCGCGCGGCCGCACAUGCGCGCGUUUCACUUCCAGUGGCUCAGUUUCUUCGUGGCCUUCAUGGCGUGGUUCGCCUACGCGCCGCUCCUGGUUAUUAUCCGCCAGGACCUCGACAUCUCGACGCGCGGGAUCUGGCUCAGUAACGUCUGCAACGUGGCGGCGUGCGUCGUCGCGCGCUUCGUGGUGGGGCCGCUGGGCGACAAGCACGGCGCCGUUCGUAUUUUAUUUGUGUGGAAAUUAAACUUUCGCGGUCGACCCGGAUUCACCGGUUGAUUUCCACACACAGGUGUCCAGGCCGGUCUCCUCACGUUCGUCGGCGUUUGUACGUUAUUUAGUGGUCUCCCCAAAAACCUGGCGGAGCUCUGCGUGCUGCGCUUCUUCAUCGGCGUGGCGGGCGCGACGUUCGUCAUCACGCAGCUCUGGACGAGCGAGAUGUUCGCCAAGAACGUCGUGGGGUUGGCCAACGCCCUGACGGCGGGCUGGGGGAACUGCGGCGGCGGGUUCACGAUCCUGAUCAUGGGCUAUGUGUAUGAGGGGUCGCGGACUGCGUGGAAAUCAAACUCGCGUCGAUGGCGUCAGUUACGGGGAUUCCACACAGGUUGCGGAGCGCGGGCCUGUCCCGGAACCAGGCCUGGCGCAACGCCUUCUACUUUCCUGGAUGUAUAGUGCUCGUCGUCGCCGCCGCGUUAUACGCGUACAGCGACGAGUGCCCCCAGGGCACGUUAAGGGACGCGAUUCGUGCCGGCACGCGGCAACGCCAGACGAUGCGCAAGUCCGCAAGGGACGGCCUCAAGAAUCUAAACUCCUGGAUCUUAUUCGCGCAGUACGCGGCGUGCUUCGGCGUCGAGCUCCACGUCAACAACGCCAUGGCCAUGUACUUUUAUGAUGAGUACGGGCUCUCCAUCGGCACGGCGGGCCUCGUCGCGUCGCUCUUCGGGUGGAUGAAUUUAUUUGCGCGCGGGCUGGGGGGCUACUGCUCGGACCUGGCGAACACGAACUGCGGCAUGCGCGGGCGGCUCGCGGUCCACGGCGUGUCGUUGCUGGCCGAAGGUCUCGUGCUCGUAUGCUUCUCCUACGUCUCGGGGCUAGGGAUGGCGAUUUUUACAUUGGUGGUCUUCUCGAUCCUGACGCAGGUCGCGAGCCGCGCCAAAACACGUCGCAUCGAUGGCGUGGCGCUCGACGCCGCCGAAGCGGCCCAAAACUUGUUCCCGCGCGCAGGCCGCCGAGGGCACGACGUUCGCGAUAGUUCCUUUCGUCGCGCCGAACGCGCUAGGCGCGGUCGCCGGCGUCGUCGGCGCAGGCGGCAAUGUGGGAGCGGUUGCGUGCGCGGCCGGCGUUCUCCUCGAUCACGUUGACGGCGUCGAGGCUCCACGCCAUCGGCGCGACGUCGUUCCGGUGCCCGCGUCACACGCAUCGUGCGCAGGUGGGGCCUCAUGUUCAUGUUUGGGAGCUCCGGUCCGCAAGGCUACCGUCACCUUGGCAUCAUUAUCAUAUUGAGUGCAUUCCUCACGCUCGGCAUCAACAUCCGGGGCGCCGGGUCGCUCUUCCGCAACGACAUGGACUCGACCAUCGAACGCCGCGCGCGCGGCGAAGACGACGACGAGUCGUUCCAUACGGCGUCCGCGCUGACUCCGUCGUCGCUGGCGUCCGUGCCGGCGUGA